UCCUCCAAUCGCCCACUCGUGACUCAGUGUUUUGGGCGGAGUGGGGGUCCGCAGCGGUGAUGUCACGCCGCUGAGGGACGCCGGCGUCAGGGCCCAGGUGAGCGAGCCGCCCGCUGCGCCGCCGUGCCGAGUCCCCUCCACUGGCCGGCGUCGCUCAAGAUGCUCAUCGCCGCCGGCGCCUGCACCUCAAGCUCGGACGCGCUCGCUCCCAUUUCCCCUCGGAUCCCGGGCCAUGGCGCCUUGAGCCGCGUCCUCCUCCUCCUCCUCCUCCUCCUCCGCCGUCGCCGCCGCCGCCGCCCGCGCGAUGUCCCAGGACGGCGACAAAUAGGACGAGGUGCGUUUCUCGGGCAGGUGUCCGCGCGCUGCGCCAAGGCGCCCCUGCAGGAUGACGCUGCCGGCCGCGCUGGUACUUUGGACUUGCGCGUGGGGCGUCGUCGCCCCGAGCGGCCGGAGCGGGUCCAACGCCACUGAGGUGGAGAGGCGCUGGGAGACGCUGUUGUCGCGCUCCUACCUGGGCCUCGGCGGUGGCGGCGGGGGGGCCGCGCGGCCCGACUGGCAGAGCGACUACCUGCGGGGCGUCAAGCGGGUGCGCCGCCUCUACUGCAACGUGGGCAUCGGCUUCCACCUGCAGGUGCUCCCGGACGGCACCAUCGCCGGCGCGCACGUCGAGGACCCGCACAGUCUCGUCGAGAUCUCCAGCAUGCAGCGAGGAGUGGUCAGCUUGUUCGGGGUCAAGAGCGAGAUGUUCGUGGCCAUGAGCCGAAGGGGUCGGCUCUACGGGACGCGGCGCUUCGGCGACGAGUGCAAAUUCAGGGAGACGCUGCUGCCCAACAACUACAACGCCUACGAGUCUUUUGUUUACAAGGGCUUCUACGUGGCCCUCAGCCGGCACGGGCGGGCGCGGCGCGGCGACAAGGCCACCCCCGCCGCCACUGGCACGCACUUCCUCCCCCGGCUGUGACUGACGCCGUCGCUGCUGCCGCCGCCGCCGCCGGGCGUUUGAACGCGCAGGUUUUAUUUCCUUCCAGGUAACACCCCGUGUCAGCGCCACCGGACUGCGCACACGUUGACGCCAUGUUAUUAUAUAAAUAUGUAUGUAUAUCCGGAGAGCUAUCGUCGUCGUUGACGGCCAUGCUGUGCUGCUUUUUCGAGGCCUUUGCCGCUCUCGCUUGAUGCUCGCGCAGCUACGCUAUUUGGACACGCCCUUCAAUUGAGAUCUAAACUGGGAACAAUUCAAAAGCGACGACGGCUCGUGUGGGUGAAUUUGGCGUGCGCAAAAAUUCAAACAAAAACACGCUUUGAAAAUUUCUUCCGUCCCAAUACAGGAGAUAUGUUUUUUUUUUUUUUUUUUUAAAUGAGUCGUAGCUCAGACCAUUUUUUUAUUUUUUUGCUUUGACUUGUGAGCUAAAUUUGUGAUUCUGUUCUGAUUCAGAUUCUGAAAAAUUACUAGGUUGUGUAUUUAAAACAAGCUUGAAGUCCGCUUGCAAACAGUGUAAAAUGCCAUGGAUAUGCUAACGAAUAUCAUGAAAGUCGCAAUGGAUAUUUGACUUCAAACUUUGGCUGAUGCAACAAAUUCUUGAUUCGUCUGCAUCUGACUGAAGAGCAGCUACUGACUCUUCCCAUGUCCGUAUGUCUGCCACCUGGUGGGCGAGGUUGGGACAUUUGCAUCCAUCCAUUAUCUUAUCACUGCUUGUCCUCACAAUGAUUGAGGUCCAAACCCUAUCCGGGCUAUCUUCGGGCAGGAGGCGGGGCCGGCCACACCCUGAAAUUUUCCCCAGCCAAUCGCAAUGUAGAUAGAGACGAACAGCACUUGCACUCACAAUCACAACUGGGGGCAAUUUAGAGUCUCGUUCCUCUUUUUCUUUCGGCUUGUCCCGUUACGGGUCGCCACGCUAUUAAUGCAUAUUUUUGGGGACGCGCGAGGCACGGUUAGAAUACGCGGGACCGGGAUUUGAACCCCGGUCCUCAGAUAUGUGAGGCCACUGCGCGACAGCUGCUCAUACCUGAAGCAGCGAUGCAACUUUCACUGAACGGAAGCAAGAAAAUAUGGCAAUAUGGUUUUCAUUCUUUAGAAUUUUCUUUGACUACAUCAGUAGUGUAAGUCUCAAAGUACAAAAUUAUAGAGCGCUUUUUUUUGUGGUUAAAAAACAUUUUUCCCCCCGCAGUCUGAAACAUAUUCAUGGCAUUUUAGUUUUUUUCCAAUGGUGUAAGAUGAUUACAUUUUUUUUUUUUGUGUCAGGAGAGUGGUCAGUCAUAUCUGAAGGUGUCGGUGUCCACAUAGUGUACGUCGCUGACAUGAAGCGAGAGGGUCUUGUAUGUGCUUAUAAGGUUUGACAUGAGGGACGCAUGGAACAAUCUUGAGUGUGUGCGUGCGCGUACGAGUGACUUUAAAUGCACUACUUUGCUGUACCAUUAAAAAAAGGUGCCUUGGCGCUCCCCCUUCCCCGAGCCUCCCCCCGAACUUGCAUGUAAAAGACACCAAGGCGAAAAA